GUUAUUUCCCUUGCAAAGCAGCCCCAUUUUCUUGGUAGAUUCGUUCACUUCCAUCUUCUUCCUGGAAGACCAACCGGGAGGUCAAACCCAAGAACGAAAGAAAGAAAGUCAUUAAAGAAAGUAGAUUGAUUGUUGCAGAGAUCGGCUACGAAAUAAGUGAUAAUCAUAGCUUGGGAGAUCCCAGGGAGCACUACUGUCGGCCUCGGCGGAUCGUAUUCGCAUCUUCGUCUCAUCUCCCAAAGCCAAAAGGGUCAGUUCCUUCCUUCCCUCUUCUUUCUCGCCCCCAAUCACUUCUGUCUCUACGGUACAUCCAUCCAUGAAAUUAGAGAUAUUAUUCAUCUUGUUCCAGCUCCUUGGGUCUUUCCUCAUCAUCAUCAUCAUCAAGUUCCGGCUCGAGAACCCAUUUGUGAUACUGGCUGUUGUCUGCUAAUUUCCCUGAUUUUCGGUUGAUCGGUUGGAGCUCUCUAGCAGUUUCGAUUUUUACCGUUUCUGGGAGGAUCUUGUUGUUGGAUUCUGGUUUCAGGGUCUGCGCUGCCUGUGCCUGGUAUUUGGGAGUAGUGUUGUUUGAUAUGGGAGAGCCUAACUCUGGAGCGGCAAUGUUGGAAGAAGAGGAAAAUCUGAUUGCUGCCGCCCAGCACCUUGUGAAAGCAUUGGAGAUAAACAAGAAUUUGACAGACGAUGCGAGGAAAAUCCUGGCAAACCUGGGCACCCAGUUGUCCUCCAUAACCAAAGUUAGCGAAAACGAGGACGAGGUCGGGCUGAGUGAGAUCAAGGAGAGGCUGAAUCUUGUUCAGGAUAAGGUCAGGAAUUGGGAGGUCGAUCGGUCUAUGAUUUGGGAUUGCGGCGCCGAAGAAGCUUAUGAGUAUGUGAAGGCAGUAGACGAGGCCCGGAAACUGACUGAAACCUUGGAUAAUCUGUGUUUGAGCAGAGGCAGCGGUGGGAGCGAGCUUCUGCAGAGGGCUCAUGAUGUUCUCCAGACAGCCAUGGCCAGGCUGGAGGACGAGUUCAGGCACAUGCUUGUCCAGAGCAGACAGCCAUUUGAGCUGGAGCACAUGUCCUUUCGAUCGAGCGAGGAAGACGUGGUGGAUGAGGGCUCGAUUGGCUCCUCCUUUGGCGAUGACUCGGUUGAGGACACGCUCCAGAGGGACAGCAUUAUGAGCAGAAGCUCGGAGGAAUUCAUCAUUGAUCUGGUCCAUCCGGCCGUGAUUCCUGACCUCAAAUGCAUCGCCAAUUUGAUGUUCGAUUCGAAUUACGAUCGGGAGUGCACCCAGGCUUACAUCAGUGUUCGAAAAGAUGCAUUGGAUGACUGCCUCUUCAUCCUUGGGGUGGAGAAGCUGAGCAUCGAGGAUGUGCUUAAGAUGGAAUGGGGCACUCUGAAUUCCAAAAUCAGGAGAUGGAUCAGGGCGAUGAAGAUCUUCGUGCGAAUCUAUCUAGCCAGCGAGAAAUGGCUGAGCGAUCAGAUCUUCGAGGACCUGGAUUCAAUUAGCUCCAUCUGUUUCGUGGAGGCGUCCAAGUCCUCCAUGCUGCGGCUGCUAAACUUCGGAGAGGCGGUGGCCAUUGGCCCUCACCAGCCAGAGAAGCUGUUCCGCAUCCUCGACGUGUAUGAGGUGCUGGUCGAUCUCAGCCCCGACAUAGAUGCUCUGUACGCCCAUGAGGCUGCUGCAGGCUCUUCCAUCAGAACAGACUGCCAAGAGGUGAUCAGGAGACUUGGGGAUUGCGUGAAGGCGACUUUCCUUGAAUUUGAGAACGCCGUGGCCGCAAACACAUCGACAAACCCUUUCGCCGGUGGGGGAAUUCACCAUCUUACUAGAUACGUGAUGAACUAUAUCAGGGCUCUCACCGAUUACAGCGACUCGCUUAAUCGGCUUCUCAGGAACUCUGUUGCAGCAGCUUCAUUUUCACCCGAAUCGAGCCCGGUCUCGGUCUCUUCUUCUUGUGAGCCCGUCUCGCCCAUGGCUCUCCACUUCCGAUCCCUCACUUCCAUCCUGGAAUGCAAUCUCCAGGACAAAUCUACCCUAUACAGGGACGAUUCGCUUCGACACUUCUUCUUGAUGAAUAACAUCCAUUACAUGACUCAGAAGGUGAAGGAUUCGGAGCUGCGAAGCAUCUUCGGGGAUGAAUGGAUCCGCAGGCACAACGGGAAGUUCCAACAGCACGCUAUGAACUACGAGAGAGCCACAUGGAGCUCCAUCCUGUCUCUGCUAAGGGACGACGGCAUUCACAGCCCUGUAAGCUCUUCCAGCCCCGUCCUGAGGGCUCUCCUUAAGGAGAGGCUGCAGGGCUUCUACCUCGCCUUUGAGGAGGUUUACAAGAUUCAGACUGGAUGGGUCAUCCCGGACGCCCAGCUCCGGGAUGAUCUCCGAAUCUCCACAUCCCUCAAGGUCAUCCAAGCUUAUCGAACAUUUGUAGGAAGAUAUGGCCCUCAUCUCACCGACAGGCACAUCAAGCAUAGUGCGGAAGAUCUAGAGAGCUACCUCUUGGAUCUCUUCGAGGGAUCCCCAAGACCAUUGCAGAAUGUCCACAGGAGGUCGUAAUUCCUAUCCCAAAUCAGAAAAAAACACUUUCUUUUUCUUCCUGAACAUCUCUGAGCCAGUUCUUGACUCUUGCCCUGUCUGCGUGAGCGAUCCAUCUCUUUCCUUUCUCUGUAAUCAUAAUGACUCAUAGAAAUUGUUUGAAAUUUGAAAGUUGCUUUGGAUUCGCAGCUGCAUGCAUCCAUGCAUGCGUUUUUGCCUGCAGGUUUGUAAUUGUGUUAGCUACCUAAGCACCAGCUAGGCUUUGAUCAACAUAUUAUAGACGUGGUAAACGUUAUUGAUA